AUGCUGAAGCAGCGCGUGACGGUGGAGAUCGGCGACGAGAAUGACAACGCGCCCACCUUCGACCCCAACCGGAUCUACGAGGCCACCAUCAAGGAGAACGCCAACAUCGGCGCCAAACGUCAUCGAGACUCCAAGAUCCAGUACCAGAUAACAGACGGGAACCACGGCGCAGCUUUCGACGUUGACACCGACACGGGCAUGGUCAAAGUGAAGAACAAGCUGGACUUCGAGAACGUGAAGGAGUACACAAUCUCGGUGACGGCCUCCGACGGCAAGUACGAGGCCACCCACCCGGUGAACAUCGACGUCACCAACGUCAACGACGUGGCGCCCGUGUUCAACCAGUCCGAGUACCGGCUGAAGAUGAGCGAAGGCCGCGCCUCCUCCGAGCCAAUCACCAAGGUCACGGCCACGGACAAGGAUCCGGAUGGUGAGGCGUCCAUUGUGUACAAGCUCUCCGGUCCGGGCAUCUUCCCCGACCGGCCCAAGGACGACGUCUUCAGCAUCAACGACGACGGCGAGGUGGUGGUGCUGAAGAUCCUGGACCGCGACGAGGACACCGGCGGCCGCGAGAUCUGGAAGCUGUCGGUGGUCGCGUGGGACAACGGUGGCAAUGGCCUCGGCUCGUCCGUGCCCUUCACGCUCACGCUCACGGACAUCAACGACAACGCGCCUUACCUGAUCCAGUGGAAGCGGACGACUUUGACGACCACCAGAGGAACGGCCCCGCCGUACACAUUCCAGCUCGACCCCAACGCCCCUGACGACAUCCGGCACAAAUUCAGCGUCAUUACCGUCGUCCAGGACAACCGUGCGGAGAUCCGGCCGCUGGUGACCUUCGACCGCGAGGAUCAGAAGUCGUACGCCAUCCCGGUGGUGGUGAGCGACAGCCAGUCGGCCUCUCCCGGCCCGCUCACCGGCACCAGCCUCUUCACCAUCAUCAUCGGCGACGAGAACGACAACGACAUGAAGGAAGGCACCAGUCGCAUCGAAGUCUUCAACUUCGAGGGGAAGAUGCCUGACACGGUGGUGGGCCGUGUAUUCGUGGAGGACCCGGACGACUGGGACCUGCCGGACAAGACCUUCUCCUGGCUGGACGGCCAGGACUACCGCCACUUCGAGCUCGACACGGAGACGGGCAGCAUCACCAUGCGAUACGGCACGCCAAACGGCUCCUACCCGCUCAAGUUUCAGGUGUACGACAAGAAGUUCCGCAGCACGGUAGACGCGUACGUGACGGUGGCGGUGCGCCUGCUGCCGCGGGAGGCCGUCAUCAAGUCGGGCUCGCUCCGUAUCAAGGGCGUCACGGCAGAGGAGUUCGUCUCGCGGCCGGACAGGGAGACGCCGUCGAUGCACGAGCGUCUGAUCGUCCAGCUGGCCCGGCUGUUCACCACCGCCCCGGAGAAUGUUGACCUGUUCGGCGUGCAGAACAACGACGCCGGCGGCGUGGACGUGCGCUACUCGGCGCACGGCUCGCCCUAUUACGACAGCGAACGCAUGGACGGCAUCGUGGCGCAGAACAAAAAACAGCUGGAGGAUUUGUUCGGCUUCGAGAUCGAGCAAGUGGGCAUCAAUGACUGCCUGUACGAGGCAACCUGCCAGGGCAGCUGCCACGCCGAGCUGAAGAUCUUCGACGACGAGGUGUACCGCGUCCAGACCAACACGUCGAGCAUCAUAGGUGUGAAGACGGAGCUGCAGUACCGCUGUGGCGAGUGCGAGGCCAAGAUGGAGCGCCAGAUCUGUCUACAUGACGGCGGCUGGAAUGAGGCGCGGCAAAAGUGCGACUGCCCGGAAGGCUACCCGGGCCCCAACUGCCAGGGCGACACGAUCCACUUCGAGGGCACCGGCUACGCGUGGUUCCCGACGCUGACGGCGUGUAACGCGUCGCGGCUCAGCUUCGACCUGACCACGGCCGCCGACGAGGGCCUCGUCAUGUACAACGGGCCGCUGUCCGAGCCCCCCGACUUCGUGCAAGAUUUUUUCGCGGUGGACCUGUUGGAGGGUCGCCUGCGUGUGUUCAUGAACUACGGUACGGGAACGGUAGUGGCCAGUCCAGAGGUCAAGGUCGACGACGGGGUCAUCCAUCACGUGGACAUCACCUGGGACACAGAGACGGUACUGGUGCUGGUGGACAGCUGCGUGGGCGGCACCACCUGCCAGGCGUCGGUGGCGGCGCCUGCCGCGCCUGACGGCGAGAAGAACGCCUUCCUGAACGUGGUGACGCCCCUGCAGCUAGGCGGCUCGGCCGUGCCGCUGGACCGCGUGCAGGCCUUCAUGUCCUGGGAGACGGUGCCCGGCUGGGGCGGCUUCUCCGGCUGCCUCCAGAACAUGACCUUCCUCGACAGGGUGUUCGACCUGAGCGCGCCUGCCGAGGGGAAGGACUUCAGCCGCUACUGCUCGGAGGUGGUGAAGGCGAAGCCGGUCAUAGAGCCGACGUCUGGCUUUCUGGCCGUCAUUCUCGGCUGUGCGGGUAUCCUGCUGAUGCUCAUCAUCGCGGUGAUCAUGUACCGCCGACGCCACGUGCGAGCCCUCUACAAGGAGCCGACGGACGAGAUGCGGGACACCAUCAUCAACUAUGACGACGAGGGCGGCGGCGAGAAGGACCAGACGGCGUACGAUCUCAGCGUGCUGCAGGUGGCCAACGGCGUGCCCAAGGAGAACGGCCGGCCGGUGGGCCAGACGCCCGGCCAGCCGCCGUCCGUGCGCAGCUUCAUCGACGACAACAAGAACCAGAUGGACAAGGACGAGCAGGCCUGGCCGUCAGACGACGUCAGGAACUACGCCUACGAGGGCGGCGGCAGCUCGGCCGGCUCGCUCUCCUCGCUCAACUCGGGCACAGACGACAACGACCUCAACUUUGACAUCCUGAACGAGUUUGGUCCCCGCUUCCGCAAGCUGGCCGACAUGUACGGCGGUGGCGACGAGGACGAGGACGAGCCGGCGGCCGGCGGCCGGCCAUCGUCUCUCGCUGGCGAGUCCUGGUGCUAGCGGCGGCCCGCCACCCCGCCCUGAGCAGGUGCCGCAGAGGACGCGGCCCCGCCGGUGGCCGAGAGGGGCUGGGUCCGUGCUGGACACGUCGCGUGCCUGCGACGGUCGUCCGGCGCUCGUGGGUGGUUCCGCCCGUCCCCAGGGAGGACUGUCGGACGGCGGCAGCUGUGAGUCAAGCGAACAAAGGACCUUGGGUCUGCCUGCGUCUGCGGCUAUCUCGCCCGCGCCAGGCCUUUUGUGGCCGUCGACUGCCGGACACGGGAGACGCCUCGAGGCAGCGUGUGGGCCCAACCGCGGCCAUUGUAGCGGCGAGAGGAGUGACGCACGGCGCAGGACCAAGACCAGCGGCGAAGUUGUGAUACCCGGACGUUGUCGUGCGUGGACAGCACGAGCGGCCGCGCCCGGAGGUGAACGCACGAGCGGGAUGCCCCACGCGGUGAGCCGCCGGCUAGCAGAUAUCAUUGCCACGGAGUACUUAAUCUAUUUUACGGUGCGGUUUGUGUGCGCGCGCGUGCGCGCGGUGCCCGCCAGCUACCGCGCGCCUAGUCAUGUGAACUGCGGACGGGCUGUCGGGACCACAACCAACCAACCAACCAACCAACCAACCAACCAACCAACCAAUCAAAGCUGUGAACCUGCGUGCUGGCGAGCGCGAGCGCGGCCGGGCGGGAGGUGGGGCGCAGGGCGGCUGACGCCUGGCG